AGAUCCGGGAGAAAGGGGAAUUCGGGUGGCAUUCUUAAACGGGGUCUUAAUUCUAACUAUAAAAAAACACCUCGACCACCAAGAUUAGAAUUUAACUGUGUGCACUUCUGCGUUUCUUCCAUCUGGGGCACAACAGACCUUGUAGAUGCAUCAGUUUAACAGCACAUAGAAUAGGAAGAGGAGCACUGUUUGUCUGUUCCCUCCUAGUCUGUCUACACCAGCUGGUCUGUAACUGUUUAAAAGCACCUUUUGUUGAAGUGGUCAAUUUACAUGCUUCUUUAAUGAAGAGAGGAGAGAAACCCGAUGGAUUUAGACAGAUGAGGCCCAAAACCUUCCCAGCAAGUAACUACACUGGCAAUAGCCAGCAGAUGUUGCAAGAGAUUCGGGAAGGUCUACGUAAUCUGUCUCGAAUCUCUGAUGUGGCAAAGAUGGACCAGGGCUCUGCGAAAUAUGUGAUAGAUGACCAAAGACAGCAGGGCAGGGGCAGCAACCACAAGUUUGGCACCUAUCAGAAAGCGUUACAGGAGAUACGUGACUCACUGCUCCCAUUUGCAAAUGAGCAGAGCUCUUCAGCCCGGGGUUGCUCAGAAGUCAAUCGGCAGAUGAUGCAUGAUUUACAAGCUGCAGGAUUUGAAGAGGAAAUGGUGGUUCAAGCACUAAAACAGACUAAUAAUCGCAGUAUUGAAGCAGCCUUGGGAGGAGGUAAAAUAAGCUACCAGGACCCAUUAAGAGAGCAGAUGGUGGCAGCCGCACCAAGGCCAGGCAGUACAGGAAUUAAAACUUCAGCAGCACAUGUUCAGCAGGCGGUUAACAGAAAGCAGAGUUGGAAAGGUUCUAAGGAGUCCUUGGUUCCACAGCGACAUGGCCCACCUCUUGUUGAAGGAGUAAUGUAUCGCUCAGAGAGUCCUAGUCCACAGUCUGAAAUUGGAAGUCGACCACCAUCUGGUUCUGGAUUGGCAGCCUUUGUCCAAAGUCAUCCUGCCAACGGUCAACGUGUAAACCCUCCCCCACCUCCCCAGGCAAGAAGUGUCACUCCCCCACCACCACCAACAAGGGGCACAACUCCACCUCCAGCAGCUUGGGAAGCUAACCCCUCAACUAAGAGGUUUUCAGGCAAUAUGGAGUAUCUAGUUCCUCGAAUAUCUCCGGCACCUCAGGUUCAGUGGCCAGAGAGUUAUCCAACACCACCUCAACAGAGCCAACGAGGCUUAAGCCCUGGUGGAAGGCAGCCUAUUAUCAUGCAGAGCUGUGGUGCCUCUAAGUUUAACUUCCCUUCUGCUUGGUCGCAAAAUGGUACAAAUCAAGCAGACUUUCUUGGACACCAAAGUAUUGGCAUGGGUUGCAAUAGCCGGCAACCUCCACCACCUUAUCCAGUCUCACAAGGCAGCCGCCAAAGUCCUACUGCCUUACAAAUGCAGGCUGGAGGCCCAGCCUCCUCUCCUCCUUAUUCCAAUGGUACAAACCUUCCUAAGUCCCUGAUGGUUCCCAAUAGGAACAGCCAUAACUUGGAAAUGUACAAUAUUAACCUUCCUGGUGCUUCUGCUCCUUGGCCUCCACAGCCUCUUGCUCCUGUUCAGCCCCAGUCUUCCACAGGAAAUAGUGGUCAUGAUAUUAUUCCUGCUUCUUGGCAAAUGAACAUUCCCGUACGGUCAAAUUCCUUCAAUAGUCACCAAGUGAGUGGACGUCAAAGUAAUUCUCAGCCAUCUGCCACCACUGUAACUGCCAUCACACAGGCACCAAUUCUCCAACCUGUCAAGAGUAUGAGAGUGCCUAAGCCAGAGCUGCAGACAGCAGUAGCACCCACCCAUCCCCCUUGGAUGCAGCAGGCACCUUCAGCCCCUAUCGGUCCUUAUCAGGAAGGACCACCACCUAUUACUCCAUCUCCUGUGGUUGUUGAAGCCCCCAGUUAUCAAGGUCCCCCACCACCUUACCCUAAACAUCUCCUUCAGCAACAGACAAACCAGUCUGCACCAAUUCAUGAAUUACCUAGUAAAACUGGUAGCGUAAAAGAGGAUCAGUGCUUUGGAUCAUGUAGAAAGGAGCAAGAUGAGGAAAGUAGUAGUACUAGUUGCUAUGAUAAAACAGAGACCACUGAGGGAACAGUGUGUGUAGUGGACAAAGAGAAAAAGCAGAUAACUACUUCACCAGUGCCUGUGAGGAAAAACAAGAAAGAUGAAGAGCGCAGAGAGUCACUUGUACAAAGCUACUCCCCUCAAGCAUUCAAGUUCUUCAUGGAGCAGCAUGUGGAAAAUAUUCUGAAGAACCACCAGCAAAGGAUGCGGAGGAGAAAGCAGCUCGAAAGUGAGAUGCAAAGAGUGGGUCUGUCGGAGGAAGCACAGGAACAGAUGCGUAUGAUGCUGUGCCAGAAAGAAUCAAAUUAUAUUCGUCUGAAGAGAGCCAAGAUGGAUAAAUCCAUGUUUGUUAAAAUCAAAACACUUGGCAUUGGUGCAUUUGGUGAGGUGUGCCUUGCCCGAAAGGUGGAUACAAAUGCCUUAUAUGCUAUGAAGACAUUGCGUAAGAAAGAUGUCCUUCUUAGGAACCAAGUGGCACAUGUGAAGGCUGAGCGUGACAUUCUUGCUGAGGCAGACAAUGAGUGGGUGGUUCGUCUGUACUAUUCAUUCCAAGACAAAGAUAACUUGUAUUUUGUCAUGGACUAUAUUCCAGGAGGGGACAUGAUGAGCUUAUUGAUACGAAAGGGAGUUUUCCCAGAAGAACUGGCACAGUUUUAUAUUGCCGAGCUCACAUGUGCUGUAGAGAGCGUACACAAAAUGGGCUUCAUCCACCGUGACAUCAAGCCAGACAACAUUUUGAUAGACAGAGAUGGGCAUAUCAAACUCACAGACUUUGGCCUCUGCACUGGAUUUAGGUGGACACAUGAUUCCAAGUACUACCAAAGUGGUGACCACGUGCGUCAAGAUAGCAUGGACUUCAGUAAAGAAUGGGAGAACUCAUCAAAUUGCCGCUGUGGGGACAGACUGAAACCAUUAGAGAGGCGUGCAGCGAGACAGCACCAACGUUGCCUUGCUCACUCUCUUGUUGGGACCCCAAAUUACAUUGCUCCAGAAGUUCUCCUGAGAACUGGUUAUACUCAGUUAUGCGACUGGUGGAGUGUGGGUGUUAUUCUUUAUGAAAUGUUACUUGGCCAACCUCCAUUCCUGGCUACAACUCCACUAGAUACACAACUAAAGGUCAUCAAUUGGCAAACAACCCUACAUAUACAUCCUCAAGCAAAGCUGAGCCCAGAGGCAUCUGACCUUAUCAUCAAGCUAUGCCGAGGCCCAGAGGAUCGGCUGGGGAAAAAUGGUGCUGAUGAGAUCAAGGCUCACCCCUUCUUUAAAACCAUCGAUUUUUCUGUAGACUUGCGGCAGCAGCAUCACCCUGCACCUUAUAUUCCUAAAAUUACACAUUCUACUGACACUUCCAACUUUGACCCAGUGGAUCCUCACAAGCUAUGGAGCAGUGAUGAUGAUGCUGAAGAGAAUCUGAAUGAUACUCUUAAUGGCUGGUACAAAAAUGGCAAGCAUCCUGAACAUGCCUUCUAUGAAUUUACUUUUCGACGUUUCUUUGAUGACAAUGGAUACCCAUAUAGUUAUCCUAAACCUAUCAAAUAUGAUGGCUGUGAUUCUAAUGACCAAGACACUGAGUCCCUUCUGGUACAAGGAGAGGAGGAAUUAUCCAGCCAGGCUGGUCUAAGCCGUGAUUUAGUAUAUGUAUGAAUUUGUGGUGGUUCAAUGAGGAUUCCUUUUAGGUAGUAAGCACCUGCAAUGUGUUCUCAUGGGUAUAAGUCGAGCUAAUAUCCUGGUGAUGUAAACGGCUCUACGAAAAUUGCAUCACAUGUGGCCUUGGAGUGCUUCUGAAAUUGUUGGUUUAUUUACAUGAUUUGGAGUAUGAUGUUAAAAUAUCAAAAGCACUAGUCUGUUUUAAUUUUUAAGACAAAUCUUAAAAAUAGUAUUUACCAAAGCAGAGUAGAUGGUGUAGGUAUU